AUGCUUAAAUAGAUAUUUUUGACCAAAAUCUGUAUGCUAAUGAACUCUUUAAUUAAUUUUCUUUCUAUUUUAACUGGUUAAUUUUUUUUCAACUCUAAAGAAUAUAAUUUAAAAAGAUAUUAAUUUUACAAUUUGAAGGCAAAAGUGAAUUUUGUUUUUUUGAAUUAACGUUAAAUAUCAUAAAUAUAUUUCUAUAACCUUUAGCUUGAUAAUACGCGUGAAUUUUUUUUUUUUACAUUGUAAUAACUAAUAAUAUUUAAAUUCAUUUAAAAGCUUUAAUUAUUCCUUGGAGGAUCAUCAAAAAAAAUUGUGUACUACUAACAAACAAUUAAUUGA